GGGAGGUUUACAUGUGCAUCCGGGUCCUGCCGGCGUGGUUGGGUUGGCGACUGCUGUGCAGAGCAGGCGGUGGGUGAGGCGCCGGGUAGAGCGCGUGGCUGGACGCGGCAUCAACACCGCGGUUCCUCUUCCCUUCACGCGGCUAGUGACAGUUUGGCGCGUUCUCCUUCCUCCUUGGUCAGUGAAUCGGUUGUAUGGAGAAAGGCAGAAGCGGGAGAGAAGGCUAAACCAACCCACCCUCCCGAAACUCACGGUUUUGCCCUCAUUUAAUAGAAAGAACGCCAACUUGCCCAGCACAUCACAAAGGAGAGCUGAAAGUCUCCCAGCACCAAGCCUUAGAAAGGCAGAGAAAGCUGAUGACAGAUGCUUCUGUCCUGAAAAAGCCUGGAUAACUGACCCUGCAAAACAAUGCAUUAGAAAAAGGACAGGAUGUUACUCUAACACCAGAGCAGCCGACUGUAUGCACCAGCAAGCAAAGCCAGGAGCUAAACAUCAAGAUAAAGGAACUUCUUAUUUUAUGCAGAAUUGGCUCAACCUCUGAAAUUCUGUAGUCAAAUCAUGCUUUGACUUGCAUGCAGAAGGUCCCAGGUUCAAUCCCUGGCAUCUCCAAAUUGGACUGGGAAAGACUCCUGUCUGAAAUCUUGAAGAAGCUGCUGUCAGAGAGGACAUUGCACUUAUAACACUACUGAAGCAAAAUAUGGAAUGGGUUUCGAUGGUGACUGAACCCGGCCAAACAAACAGUAUUGACAGUAGUUUGAAAAUCGCCAGUUAGCAGUUUCUUCACGCUCUAACACUACAGAGAGCACUUUCCAGAGAGAACUCAUUGUGUACAAGAAAUCUGCUUUACAAAUCUGUUUCAGUACCCUACAGCUUUGCCUAAUUAAAUACUUACAAAGAGAAACCUAUCUAGAAGUGCACUCAGAGGGAAAAUAUGGCGUUAGACGAGUAUCUGUGGAUGGUCAUUGUGGGGUUUAUUAUUGCCUUUAUCUUGGCAUUCUCAGUCGGGGCAAAUGAUGUUGCCAAUUCUUUUGGUACAGCUGUGGGCUCUGGUGUAGUUACUUUGCGCCAGGCCUGCAUUUUGGCUUCAAUUUUUGAAACUACUGGUUCAGUGUUGCUGGGAGCAAAAGUAGGUGAAACUAUUCGUAAAGGUAUCAUCGAUGUGAACCUGUACAACAAAACUGUGUCUCGACUGAUGGCAGGAGAAGUCAGUGCAAUGGUUGGCUCUGCUGUUUGGCAGCUGAUAGCAUCAUUCUUGAAACUCCCGAUAUCUGGAACUCAUUGCAUUGUGGGUGCUACCAUUGGAUUUUCAUUAGUUGCAAUUGGCACACAAGGAGUUCAGUGGAUGCAACUUGUCAAGAUUGUUGCUUCUUGGUUUAUCUCCCCACUGUUAUCUGGUAUGAUGUCUGGUGUCCUGUUUGUGCUGAUUAGAUUCUUCAUCUUAAACAAGGAGGACCCUGUACCCAAUGGACUUCGUGCCCUUCCAGUGUUCUAUGCUGCUACAAUAGCAAUUAAUAUGUUCUCCAUUAUGUAUGCAGGUGCACCAGUUCUAGGAAUUAGUCUUCCUAUAUGGGCAAUAGCACUAAUAUCAAUUGGAGCAUCAGUAGUGUUUGCUAUCUUAGUCUGGAUAUUUGUGUGUCCGUGGAUGAAAAGAAAAAUAGCAAGUCGUUUAAAGAAAGAAGGUGCAUUAUCAAGAAUAUCUAAUGAAAGCCUUGAGAAAAUUCAAGAAGAGGAUACGCCUGUCUUUAAAGAACUUCCUGGUGCCAAAGCAGCUGAUGAAAGCACUAUUCCUCUCACUGGGUCUGGAACAGAAGAGGCUGGUGCAUCAGAUAGUAUAGCAAAUGGAAACCAUCCACGUGUGCCAUAUGGACGGGCAUUUUCGAUGACUCACAGUAUGGUGAAAUCUCCUAUUUCCAAUGGCACAUUUAAUUUUGAUGGGCACAUGAAGAGCGAUAUUCACGUGUAUCACACUGUGCACAAAGACUCAGGAUUGUACAAAGAUUUGCUGCACAAGAUACACUUGGACAGAGGUAACGAUGACCGGCCUGCACAAGAAAAUAACUACAAGUUACUGCGCCGAAACAACAGCUACACUUGCUAUACGGCUGCCAUAUGUGGGAUGCCAGUGCAUUCGUCCUUCAAGGCUGUUGACACGUCAACCCCAGAAGACAGUGAAAAGCUCGUUACAGACACGGUGUCUUAUUCCAAAAAGAGGGUUCGUUAUGACAGCUACUCCAGCUACUGCAAUGCUGUGGCAGAAGCGGAAAUUGAGUCAGAGGAAGGUGGUGUGGAGAUGAAGUUGGCAUCUGAGUUAGUAGAUCCUAACAAUCCUCCUGAGGAUCCUGCAGAAGAAGAGAGAGAUGAAAGAGAUACCUCAGAGAUCCACCUGCUCUUUCACUUCCUCCAGAUCCUUACAGCUUGUUUUGGAUCUUUUGCACAUGGAGGCAAUGAUGUUAGCAAUGCUAUUGGCCCUUUGGUUGCCCUCUGGCUUAUAUAUGAGCAGGGUGGCGUAAUGCAAGAAGCUGCUACUCCUAUUUGGCUGCUACUGUAUGGAGGCAUUGGCAUCUGUGUGGGCCUCUGGGUCUGGGGACGAAGAGUGAUCCAAACAAUGGGAAAAGACCUCACACCCAUCACACCCUCCAGUGGAUUCACUAUUGAGUUGGCUUCGGCGUUCACAGUUGUGAUAGCUUCCAAUGUUGGACUUCCUGUCAGUACUACACACUGCAAGGUUGGUUCUGUGGUAGCAGUUGGCUGGAUACGUUCCAAGAAGGCUGUUGACUGGCGUCUCUUCCGCAAUAUCUUUCUAGCCUGGUUUGUGACUGUUCCUGUAGCUGGCUUGUUCAGUGCUGGCGUCAUGGCAAUCUUUAUGUAUGGAAUCUUACCAUAUGUCUGACCUUUCCUCCCAGGAAAGAAGGGAGUCGCCCCCAAGAGUGCAUAGCUCCCCAUUUACACCAUACAGUAAGAGCUAAUCAACAAGGUGUCAUCCUCAAUAUCUAACAUCUACUGUACAUGACAUCAGUGUCAUAUUGGUGACAUAACACAUGGUGCCGUUUUCUUAUGUAUUAAAUAUAUAUAUAUAUAUAUAUAUAUAUAUAUAUAUAUAUAUCUGCUUAUAGUAGGUAACACUACCUUAAGUUAUGUGAAAAUAAUUGCCUAGGACUUAAUAUCUAGUAAAACAUGUACAUAAUGUAUCAUUCAGCAGCAAUUUUUAAAAUAUUUUAAAGAACAGCAUAUUGGCUGGGAUGUUUGUUUGUCAAUUUGAUAUACUGAUGAAGCUGGGUGCGAAAUGGAUACAUUUCUUUUUUAAUUAAAAAAAAGCUGUUUAAUGAUACUGAAACAAAACAGUGCAGAAGUACUUUGGUAAAAACAUGGUUCAUAUCAUAUUGUUGUGUAUAAUACUGUAUGGAAAUUGCUUUUGUAAAUACAAAACUAACUUUUUAAUGGUGCAUUUCCCUCAUAUAUUUUGGAUAAGAAAGUUUAGAAAGUACCAAAGAAGAAGGGGAAUAGCUUGCCAGUAUUAUAAGUGUGCGUGUGUGUGAGUGUGUGUGCGAGUGUGCACGCACAUGUGCACUGAUUCUCUCCCCAUAACUUUCUCAUUAAAGUUAUUUUCCACUCAUCAGCCACCAGCAAAACUGGGUUAAUAUAACUUAUGUUUUCCUGUAACUAAAAAAAAUGUUGUGGUGUCAGUCUUAUGUGUAUAGAAUAUUGUCCAUAUAGAUUUUUUUUUUUUAAGAAAAAAAACCCCAGUUUAAUUAUGGGUUGAACUUUCAAAUUAUCUUUAAACAAGUAUUUGCCACCGUUCAUAUGAAAGUCCAGCUCUGCUCCUAAAACAUCCAUGCUAAUAGAUGCAAUAACUUUGCUUUCAGAGGAAGAAAGAGAGGAUUGGAUCAUUUUGCUUUGCUUUCUCCUUUUUGCCUGCAGUAAGUCUCAGCUAUGUAGUGUCUGCUUCACAGUGGCACUGUGUAUUCGGGAUGUGCACGGAACCAGCCAGGGCCAGUCCAAAGGUGGGGAGGGACACCUUUAAGGGUGGGGGAGGGUGCACUUCUCCCCACCCCACCCUCCCUGGCCGCAUUUCCCCCACUGGUGCUCUCUUACAAACCGGUCCGGCAGGGCAGCAACGUGCCUUCCUGCUGCCCCAUUCCCUCCUCAGUCCAGAAGUGACUGGAAGUACCCCACACGUGUACUUCCGGACUGAGGAGGCAACAGGGCGGCAGGGAGGUAUGCUGCCAUCCCUCUGGACCAGUUUUUAAAAGAGCACUGGUGGGGGAAAUGUGGCCGGGAGGGGGUAAGUGAACCCUACCCCACUCUUAAAGGUGCCCCCCUCGCUUUCGAACCGGCCAAACUGCUGGCUGGCAGUUCGGCCUAUAAAAGGGCCUCCAAACAGGUUCGUGUACAUCCCUGUUGUGUAUAUUGGUGAUAUGCCCAGUGUCCUAAGAACAAAGGAGGGCAAUAUAGGGUAUUUUUGAACAUGAAUAACCAGGGAGCACUUCUAAAAGUGUUUUUUAAAGUACCUUUGUAACUGAGGGGCAAAUGCAAGGACCACUUCCAGUCUUAAUCUUUAAUGGGGUGAGACCUACAGCAGUGUGGCUUGUUCCCUUUCCCCAUACCCCGUCUGCAGCUUCAUGCCAGCAUUUCUCCAGUUCAGUGCUGGAAUGGGAUGGAGCUGUAUCAUGGACUCCUCUGGUGGCACCUUGGAUUUAUGAUGCUAUCAGAGACUCUGGAAAGACCCACGUUGUAACAGGUCCCACACUGCUAAAGAUAAUAGAGGACGAGACCCUAAAAAGGCAGCUGUACAUUUUGAAGACUCCUCUUCUGCCAGUCCAGUGUACUCCAGCAAGACCACACAUGCAAUGUGCUGAUGCUGCUGAAUAGAAGUAACGCUUUUAGCCCCAGAGCUGCAAUUCGCUGUAGUUCUGUGGAUGCAGAUCUGAUGAGGUGUUGCCUAAAAGUAAAAAGGGAUCAUAUUACAGAACUACAGGUGACUGGUAGAAUCGAGUGUUUUCCAUUGCCCUGGAAGCCUUAGGCACAAUCCUCUGGGAAGUCUCCUGCACAAGUUGUGUUGAGAUUCAUGUUCUUGCACAGCUCCUACUCAUUUCCAUUGUACAGAAGAGCUUCCAGAGUAUUGUGCCCUCUUGGCUUUUAAAGACUCAAUGCUGUGAUGGCAUUUCAGGUUGGAUUUACUGGGCUGGCCUAGAUGAAGUAGUGCAUGGAUGAUUUGGGGAGCAUAGAACUGUUAAAAUGCUGCUAAAAUGUUGAUAUAUAAGUGUUCUUGGUACUCCAUUGUGAUCCUUUUUAUUGGUCAUUCAUUUAAAAUUUAUAAUAAAAGAAUAAAUUGCCCAUAGAACUGC